AUGGCGACUGAGGCCACUUUGGUAAUUGAAUAUGAGAACAUGAUUGAUGGGUCCUGUGAUAAUGCAAGUGGUGUUAUUGAUGCAGGAUGCAUGGCAGCUUUGGAUGCAGAACAUUACCUGCAAGGAGUUGGGGUACAAGAAGAUAAGAGCGAUUGA